AACAACUAUUUUUUUUUUAUAAUAUUCGUGUAUAUUAUUAUUUUAUUAAUAUUUUUAUUUUUAAACAUAUUAGUUUUUUUUUUUAUUAGCUUUUAUUUAUUAUAAUAAUACAUUCUUUAUACAAAUAAUUUUAAUUUUAAUUUUAAUUUUUUAUUUAUUUAUUUAUUUUUAUUUUUUUAAUUUUAAUUAAAUUUAAUUUUUUUUAUUUUUUUUAAAAAAAUUUUAUUCAUCACCAACCAUCUACUCUUCAUUAUUUUAUAUCAAAAUUCUUUUCAAUAAUGAAAACUAAAUCUUCAAAUAAAAAAAAUGUCACAGUAAACAACACAACAACACCAAUUAUUUCUACUAAUUCCAUUCCAGUAAAAAAUGAAGAAGAUGAAUUAGCUGAAAUCGAAAUUGUAAAGAAACAAUUUCAAGAGUUUAAAAUUAAAAAUAAAAAGCAAAAAGAAGAACAUGAAAAAGAAAUUAAAAAGAAGUUAGAGAAUGAGCAACAGAGCAAUCAUCCACAUCAUAUUGCCGAUCACUCUCAUUCUGGUAUUAAAAGAUCCAAACCAUUAGCACCAACUUCUGCAUUUCAAUUCUACAAAGAUGCAAAUCCUUCAAAAUCACCUGGUUUCCUUUUAGAGAAAUGGAGAGAAUUGGCUGAUCAUGAAAAAAAGCAUUUCAAUGAUAUGGCACAAAAAGAUAAAGAAAGAUAUCAUACCCAAAUGGAGGAGUAUGAAAAGAUUCACAGCCAAGUCACCCAUCAAAAACUUCAAAAGAAACAAAUAAAAAAGAAAACAUCUGAUGAUGAAUCACAGAAUAAUGGCCCAAAAAAAUUGACUAAAAAAGAGAAAUUAAAAAAAGCUCAAGAAGAUAAAGAAAUUGCAAAACAAGAAAAGUUAAAUGGUACAAAGAAAUAUUCAAAGAAAUCUGAAACUGUUGUCACUAUAUCUUCAUCUCCAUCUAAAAAAACUGUAAAUAUUAAAAAAUGUAAUAAUAGCAAUGAUGAUAGUGACAGUGAUGACACUGAGGAAGAGGAAGAAGAAGGAAAUGAUUGUGAAGAAAAUGAAGAGGAAGAAGAUGAAGAAGAUGAAGAAGAUGAUGAUGAAGAAGAUGAAGAAGAUGAUGAAGAAGAUGAUGACGAAGAUGAAGAUGAAGGAGAUGAAAGUGGUAAUGAAUCAAACCAUAGUGCCUUCGAAGAAGAUGUAUUUAUUGAUGAAGAUGAUACAGAUGGAUGGGGAGAAAUGAAAAGAGGCUUCAAGUCCUCCCAUCACAAUUCUUCAAAUGCAAAACAUAACAAUAGAAGAGUAAAAUGGAAUAAAUAAAAUAAAAUUUUUAGAAUCAAUUUUCAUUGUUGUUUUUUCUUUUUUUGAUUAG